CUUCCUCAGCCUUGACAAGGGACAUCAUCAAGCUUCAGCCUACGUUUCUUUUCCAUCCUGUCUGGUACAGCUGCAUAAGCUGAUUUUAUGUCUAACUAUGCGCGAAUAGCUAGGCUCCUAUAACAAUGAUCUAAGAUGGAAACCAGAAAUGAGUGCUUUCAACCCGAAAUCCUUCUUCUCUGUGGCUUUACUAACUUCAUUCUAGGCUCCGUCCCUUGGAUGAUACCAAAGCAGACCACGAGCAACAUAACGAUACACUGUCUGAAGAUGCACCGAAUAAGGACUCCAUGAAAAGAAAGGCUUCAACAAAUGCCGACGAACUCUCCUCGAAGCGUACGAAGCAUGACGAUUAUUUCCGCGAAGCACCAAGCGAACCACGGAAGAGGAACUCAUCUCCAAACCGCCACAAUUCAUAUGGAGACUCUCCAGACAUCGACGUAGAUCGCCGUAAAAACGCGACGCAAGAAGAGAAGAGACGCGGCAAGCGGUUAUUCGGGGGUCUUCUUAGCACUCUAAGCCAGACAGGUGGCAGUGUGCAGCAGAAGCGCCGUCUGGAGAUAGAACGCAGACAACAAGACCGGUUACAAAAGCAGAACAUUGAGGAAGAUAGGCUGCGUGAGGAGAAACGACUGCGACUCACUGAGGUUCGGAGAGGCGAACAACUAUCGUUCGAUGAGGAGGUUAUGCAUAGCAAGCAUACCAAAAUGCUUGCGAUGGCUCGGUACCUACGCACAAAAUCAAGGCCGCAUAUCUACUAUCUUCCUUGGAAACUCACAGCAGAACAAGAAGAUACAAUAGAUGAUCAGAUCCAGCAAACGAAGAUCACAAUAGAGCGCGAAGUUGAAAGUUUGAACGCAAGAAAAGGGCGACAGGCGAAAGGAGGAAGACAACCUUCAGAGACAACAGCGCCGUCAAGAGAGGAGUUGGAUCAUGACUCCAAAGACACGAAUGGACCCGAAAAAUCGCCACAUGGUCAAGAGAAGCCGCUUCAGGCGUCUAAUCAUGACCAUCAUCACGAUGAGUCGGCAGAUGUGUUGGAGGAAGCUGACGAAGAUAUGGUGAUUUACUGAUUAUUGUCACUGGAGCGGUUCAUUCUGAUGCAGUGCACGGACUGCUGUCUUGUUUUGACCUGUUGACCUGGAGGAGGAAAUCCUAGGUUUUAUUCUGCACAACUAUGUUCGGAUUCGCGAGAGAAGGUAGAGAUCUCAUGUUCAUGAAGGAAGGCGCUUUCUGUUGGAUCUUUAUUAUCAAGCCCAAUUGCUUUAGUAUUAAUAUGAUUUGAUACCCCAUGGAUGUUGUCUCGGGGUUGUAUUCUUAUUA